AUCAGCCGAGCCUGUCAGUGUUCGGUUCUGCUGCUGUUUACAAACAGUGGCGUAGGUUGUUUCGCUUGUUCAGUUUAGGUGCUUUUAUGUCCUGCGCCUCAAUGUGUAUUGGAAAUAACGAAAAUGGACGAACGUAAAGCAUUUUUCCACCGGUUCGUUCACCUAGAUCUCAAGGGAGCCGCCUUCAAAGUUUCCUAUUAUGAGCAGUUGCUGCCAUUCAUCGCAAGAAUUGGGGCGACUGGUGUUCUUAUCGAAUAUGAGGACACAUUUCCUUACUCCGGUGACCUCGCAGACCUCAGGCAUCCGGAGGCAUAUUCUCAAGAAUGCGUUAUGCAGAUUAUACAAAUCGCCAAGCUUUCGAACCUCCUAGUCGUACCUCUGGUCCAGACGUUCGGCCAUUUAGAGUUCGUCCUGAAGCGCUCGAAGUUCUUCGAGUUCAGAGAAGUUGCUCGGUACCCGAACGUGCUCUGCCCGUCUCACCCAAAGUCAUCGUCUCUAAUCGAGGAAAUGGUGACACAAGUGAUGCAUCUUCACUCAGAUGCCCAAUGGUUUCAUCUAGGUGCUGAUGAGGUCUGGCACCUGGGCCAGUGUGAACGGUGUCGCACGGUCAUGGUAGACAAGCAGUGGGGCAAAGACCACCUGUAUGUGGACUAUUUGUCGCGGAUUGUGGGCACACUGCACAAGAAGUACCCCAUGCUGAAGUUCAUCGUUUGGGACGACAUGAUGCGCGACAUGGACCCACAAGUAAUCACCGGUGCAGGACUGCAUCAUCUUGUGGAGCCCAUGGUUUGGCAUUACUUCCCUCAAUCGGAAUUCCGGCUCAAGCAAAAUAUGUGGGACAAGUACCUUUCCAUAUUCCCCAACGUGUGGAUAGCCAGUGCCUUCAAGGGGGCCACUAAGAUCAACCAGAUGCUGACGCCCACGUCCUUCCACAUCAGCAACCAUGAGGCCUGGAAUAAGGUCCUCAUGGACAACAUCCAGCAUGCGGGGUCCUUCAGGGGCAUAGCACUCACUGGCUGGCAGAGGUUUGAUCAUUUUACUGUUCUCUGCGAGCUAUUGCCAGUGGCUAUUCCUUGUUUGGCCCUGUGCCUAAAGACAAUCAUGGCAAAAACAGGGCUGACCACCGAAGCUCAUACGGAGGUGUCACAAUCCAUAGGUUACUUUGGCAACAUUGAGAUGGACGUCUUUCCAAGACCGCAGACAGUGCCACCUGUUCCAAACUUCCCUGGAGGAAAGUUGCAUGUGUCUGUGCUGCAUCUGACAAAUGUCAUAGCAGAACUGGAGCAAGUGCUUCUGAACCCAAGUGUGCAGGGUGGAUUCCAUGAGUUUCUAGUGGCUCACAACAGGACAAAUCCACUUCAUGUUGACCAGUUCGUCAACACAAGUCGAAAGCUUCUAGUGAACAUCGAAUCCAUUUAUCGAGACAUCACAAAGGAACUGUCAGACAUCUACUACCAAAGCACAGUCGAAGAGUGGCUCUCUACUUAUGUCAGCCCGUGCCGCGAGAAGCUGAAGAAACUUGUCAGUGAUGCGGACUUGCAAAUAGCUGUGAAUGUGCCCAUGUGAUUUCAAGACGCACUCAGUUGUAGGCACCGAACUUAAGUCUCUUUGCGUUCAUGCAAUGCUAGCCUUUUAUUGUGUAAGUAGUGCAUUCAAACAAAAGAACGCUAUACCAAUCCUGGCUGUAGUCACCAAUUCAAACAACGAUGAGCACGAACAGAUCAUGAGUCGCCUGUAGAACUGGAACUAGAUCUAGUAUUGCUUCCUGUGUCUGCUACGAUAGUGAAAGCUGCUUCUUAUGUGCAAUUACCUAAAAUCAAUAGUGAGAUGUGAUUUAGCUUCAAGCAGACUGUAAAGAAUUAAAUAGCAUUUACGUGUGACUUCACUUACUUCCUGCAUUCGAUUGAAACCACAUCCUGAUAAGUUCUUUGGAGUAUUUUCCUCCUAUUCUAAGAAUUCAUUCCGGUUUCAAGAGGAAAAAGAAUGCAUAUCAGUGUUAUGAAAACUGAUACAACCUCUAAGUGUUUUUAUGCUUCAAGCUUUCCAGGAUGGGCCAAGGAUUCUAUCCUGACGGCCCAACAUUUUGUAAAUUACAGGUGUUAUGCUGUUCUCAAUACAUAUUUUGGCUAUGUCUCCAGAAGCCCACUGUAAUCAUUACUGAGCAUUUCUUGCUUUUAUUUGUGACAUAUUCUAAGUGCAUCUCCUAAACUCGCUGAAAAUGCAUUGAAAACAGUGACUUUAAUGACACUGAGCUGAAGCAAUAGUUAAGCCUGCCAUAAGCGCACAAGCAUUUUGGACCCUGUGGCCAUCCUGACUCGUCGUUCCGAGUGUUUUGAGAGUUUUACAAGGUAGCACAGCGUUCAAAGUGUGUUAGAAUAAGAAACUGACUCCAGUAAUGACAAUUUUGCUUCGUUACUGCCAUUAGGAUACAUGUAAUAUGCUCACAGUAAAACAAGUUUCCUCUCUCACAUAAACUUUGUAGGCUCUUAAGGCACUCUGACAUGACAUGUCAAAACUGCGAAAAAAUCACUCUAAAGGUGUAAAAGAACACGCAAAUGCUCUGAAGAGUUUUCUGAAAAUAUUUUAAUUAGCAGGAAUGAUUAUAGCAAUGAAGAACAAGAAUGUGUGCGUCGGCUUUAUUUAGUUUUGCAUUUUUUAUGUGCAGGCAAAGCUUGAUUUAGAAUAAUUUGGGCACAGGCUCUCAUGACCUACUUGUAAACAAAACACUGCCACUUUGUGUGUUUUCUUUUGUCUUUCUGAGGAUUCAUUCGUGUUGCAGGGUCGGUGAAAUUGAGUGUGUGUUGUUAUGAACAGAGUUCUGUAUGCCUUCUCCUUUCACUUAAUA